AUGCCUCCCAGCGGUAAGGCGCUCAUCAUGUCCGCUUCGUCCAGUGGACCUUCACCCGCUAGCACAGCCACUCCAGCCACGGACGUCACCGACGACGACAGCAUCACCACAUCGAAAUCCAUCUCUUCCGAGCUGGAGGCAUUCUGCUGGCGCUUCCUGGACAGAAUGAACACCCGUGACUUCGUGUGUGCUGAUCUCAGGGGUUACUUUGCGACCAACUUCACUGCCGCGGCACCCGGACAGCGCUCCAACAACUCUGUUGAAGGAUUGCUGAGAAGCAGAUACGAAGUGGUAAGCAAGUUUCCUGAGUUCCAUCUGGACUACAUUGGUGCCACCACGGAUCUUCAUGAAGAGACUGGCCAUGCUGAAGUCCAGAUGAUCACCGAAAUAACUGGGAUGCCUCCUGGCGUGAGACGACAGGCGUUGAACGUGUUCCGGUGGCGAAAAUCCAAAUCUCAGGGAGGCAUAUGGCUUUGCUGGGAUUUCACUUUCAUGUUACAUCAGCCGGCCGGCGCCUGA